AACAACCAACGUUGAAAAGUGCCGCAGCUUAUGCUUUCUUUUACUGUCUAUGAGUUCAUACCGUCCAGAUUCUUAUUUUUCACUUUAGUGAUUUCGGAGUUGAUAUGAGAACAUGCUCAGAUAAGUGAAGCACAAUUAAUUUGUUUUUGUUUUUCAGUUUUUAAUAUUGACAGUAUUUCGGUUGAGUUUUGGUCUAUAGUUAUAAUGGGAGUGCAUGGGCUCUGGAGGCUGCUGGAGAGUACAGGGAAACCCAUCAACCCUGAGACUCUGGAGGGAAAGGUCCUUGCUGUUGACAUCAGUAUAUGGCUGAACCAGGCAGUGAAGGGUGUGAGGGACCGUGAAGGUAACAGUGUCCAGAACGCCCACCUCCUCACUCUCUUCAACCGCAUCUGUAAGCUGCUCUUCUUCCGCAUCAGGCCAGUCUUUGUGUUUGAUGGAGACGCACCACUGCUAAAGAAACAGACUCUGGCUCUGAGGAGGCAGAGGAAAGAGGAGUUGAGUCGGGAGUCGAAACAGACCAAUGAGAAACUUCUCAAAACAUUCCUGAAGAGACAAGCGAUCAAAGCUGCACUUGGAGACCGCAGUAAGGAUCCUCUACCCAGCCUCUCCACCGUGAGGAGAGAUGAGGUGGACGACAUGUAUGUUCUACCAGCCCUGCCAGCUGCAGAGAAGGACAAAAACAGUUCCGAGGAGGAGGAGGAGGAAGAGAAAGAGUUGGAGGAGACAGACGACGGCUAUCACAUGUAUCAGGGAGAAUUGUAUGAAGACCCCAACUCAGUGGACAUUAACUCAGAGGAGUUUGCCAGUCUGCCUCCUGAAAUGAAACAUGAGAUACUCAAAGACAUGAAAGAGUUCUCCAAAAGACGUCGGACCAUGUACCACAAACCCCCAGAGCAUUCAGGAGACUUUUCACAGUACCAGCUUGCCGGCCUGCUGCAGAGGAACAAGCUGAACCAGCGACUGCAGGGUGUGGAGAAAGAGAUGAGCCAGCAGAGCACCGGCAGCGCUCCACAGCUCUACCAACUGGACGGGGACCAGCAGAGUCACAGCGUAGAGUCACACCGACUGGUUUCAGAAGACUAUUCCCACUAUAUCCUUAUUAAAGGCUCCAAGAAGAGUGAGACUGCCCCCGAGAGCCGACCUGCAGCUGCAGCCUGGUCUGGGAGCUCCCUGACAGGCUGCAAAAGACGAGCAGCGGACAGACCUGAGCCACUGUGGCGUCCUGCUUGUGAGGACGAGGCAGAAGUGCAGGGUCCCUCCUCAAAAAACUCCAAACCCUCUGUCUUAAAACCGUCUCGGGGAGACACAUCACCUCCCUCGCCUCGUACACUCAAGGCGAUCCAGGCUGCAAUGAGCGACAGCUCAGACGAGGAGAAGGUGGACCAUGAUAAGGACGGCAGUAUGUCCCCGCGCACCCUGCUGGCAAUCCAACGAGCUCUAGCUGAGGAGGAAGAUGGCGCUGCUGCACACAGCACUCUAAUCAGCAGCACAUCCACCAAACUGCAGGCGAAUAUUCAUCAUCCUGGGCCACAAGUGGUCAUCGGCAGCUCAGAGGAAGAGACAAAACCUGAAGAUGUGAACCCUUUGCCUAAUGAAAAAUCUAAUUUUAAGGGGAACCCAACAGGCCAAAGUUUACACCGGAAAGAUGGCUUGUUUGUUAGUAGUUCUGAAGAUGAGAUGGAGAGUGUGAUCGGUCAGAGAAAUGAAGCACUCCGCUUUGCGGCGCAGCAACAAACUCCUGAGACGGAGAUGAAGUCAGAAGAGGAGACAAAGAGAAGACGGUUGACAGAGGAUAUACAGACGGGAAGUAGAGGACAGAUGGAGAAACCAGAAGAGCUGGAGGGAUUGAACACAAAGCCACGUGCUGCUGCUGCUGCUUCCAAUCAAAACGCAUUAUCCAUUAAUCUCUCUGCUCAACUAUUUGGAAAAGCCCUCAGUGCAGAGACUGAAAUUCAUCCUGCGUUGUUAAAGCAGAGGAGCAAAAAGAUGAUUGACGCUCAAGGGGAAAGGAACGGAGAUGAUGUGAAGUCGGAGGGCAGUGAGGAGAGCGAGUCAGAAGAGAGCUUCAUCGAGGUGUCAGACAAAGAAUUUCCAGAGGAGGAUGCAGAUGACUCACUAGUAAUGACGGGAGAGAAAGGAUCUCCAGAUGAGGCCCGUAGAGAUGAGACCAAGCAGGAAGAAAACCCAGAGGAAGGGUUGACAGAGGCUCCAGCUGCUGCUUUGGAAUUAGAGGAAGAAGAAGAAGACAAAAAGAGACGGACAGAAGAGAAUGCGCUAAAGGAGGGAACAGAGACAGAAGAAUCCAGCUCAACUCCAGCAAUCAAUGAAUGGGAACACUUUGAUGUGGAUGAGCUGGAGGCGCUGGAGAGCUCUCUGCAGGCGGAGCAGAGCAGCCUGAGAGAGCUGAAACAGCAGCAGGAGAGGAUGGCGAACACAGUCACUGGACAGAUGCACCUGGAAAGCCAGGAGCUGCUGCGGCUGUUUGGCGUGCCGUUCAUUGUGGCACCGACGGAAGCCGAGGCUCAGUGUGCAGCACUCGACCGCGCUGAACACACACACGGGACCAUCACGGACGACUCAGACGUGUGGCUGUUUGGAGGGAGACACGUCUACAAGAACUUCUUUAGCCAGAACAAAUAUGUUGAACACUACCAGUACAGUGACCUGCAGAGCCAACUGGGCCUGGACCGGACCAAACUGAUAAACCUGGCUUAUCUGCUCGGGAGUGACUACACAGAGGGCGUGCCGGGGGUCGGAUAUGUUACUGGCAUGGAGAUACUGAAUGAGUUCCCAGGGCCAGGCUUGGAGCCACUCUCACAGUUCAGUAAAUGGUGGUCAGAGGCUCAGGAGAAAAAGCGUCUGGUAGCUGAUCCUCGGGACACCAAGGUUAAGAAGAAAUUGAGGGACCUAAAACUGCACCCUGGGUUCCCUAACCCUGCGGUGGCUCAGGCUUACCUGCAACCUGCUGUGGACCAAUCAGAGAGCUUCUUCAGCUGGGGACGUCCACAACUCGACAUGAUCAAAGAAUUCUGUCUGAGUCGUUUUGGCUGGAGCAGUCGGAGGACAGAGGAGACUCUUCAGCCUGUGAUCAAGCAGCUCAACACCCAGCAGACUCAGCUGCGAAUCGACUCGUUCUUUCGCAUGGAGCAACAGGAAAAGCAGACGAUCCGCAGCCAGCGACUCCGCAGAGCCGUCACCUGCUUAAAGAGAAAGGAGAGAGAUGAAGGAGAGGAGGAGGAGGAGGACAGUGAGGAGGAGAUGCCAUCCCCAUCCAAAUUUAAGAAAGGGAAGGAAGCAAACAGGAGUCUGAAGAAAGGAGGAGGAGGCGAGAGAGAAGAAGAGAGGACCGUGUCAGGAGGAGGGUUUCUGGGGUCGGAGGUGAUUGUCAAAUCUCCUCUGAAGGAUGUCAGCAGCACCAGCCAGGAGUCCCUCUCAGUGAAGGCCGUCCCUCAGUCUACUAAGACUGUACCUCAGAGGGCCAGGAGGAGCAGCAGCAGCAGCUCGGGGGAGGACAGCGAUGGUGGCGGUGAAGUUGCUAUGGUUACAGCCCGAUCUGUGUUCGAAGGCAGCCGACGAGGCCACGGAGCGAGAAGCACAAGAGGGAGAGGAAGCACAAGAGGGAAGGGAAGGGCGAAGAAGUUGUGAGGGGGGGGAAAAAAAACCUCAACAUAACAUUUACAGAAAUUGUCCAAGCAAUUCUGAUAUUGAGUGUGAAACAUGUCACACACUCCCAAAUAAUGUCUGUGAAGUUAUAUUUGAGAUGUAUAAGGUAAAUAUGAAUAUGAAUCAUGAACGGUGAUGAAUUGAGCUUUUUCUGUAUUCUUUCAGAAUAUGUGUUUUGUAAACUAUUGAGAUGUAUAUCUGUGAGAGGAUUGGCAAUAUGUUGCACUACAUCUUUGAGGUACA